AUGCUGUGUGCACUCCGUCUCGAACCUUCUCUUCUAGAAACGUUAUGGCGAAACCCACCCCCUGGCUACAACGUUCCUGAUACCAGACAGCUCGGCUUCACCCAUCCUCGGACUACUAACCCGAUGAGAAUGAGACUUGACGAUAACCGCAUGAGAAACUACAGCGUGAAAAUGCUAGAACUGGUGAAGAUGUGUAUUCAGCCGGUUCCUGAGAACAGGCCUACGCCAGCUUUGUUGCUUGCCGAUAUCCAGACAUACAUGGCUGGGAGAGAUGGAGGUAUGCAGGCUAGGCCGGGUCCUCUUCCCUGGAAUUUUUCACAGGCUCUGAGGAUGAGUCUCGCAGACAAGUACAAGGUCGGAAAGAAACCUUAUCAGCCAGCCAGACUCAGAUAG